AGGGAAAUAAUUCAUUCAAAAGCCAGAAGAACAAAAAAAAAAAAAAGAAAGAUCAGAGAUGGCGACGUCAGGAACAUAUGUGACGGAGGUUCCUUUGAAAGGAUCGGCGGAGAAACACUACAAGAGGUGGAAGAAUGAGAACCAUCUCUUCCCCGACGCCAUUGGCCACCUCAUUCAAGGUGUCACCGUCCACGAUGGUGAAUGGGACUCUCAUGGAUCCAUCAAGAUUUGGAACUACACAUGCGAUGGGAAACAAGAGGUGUUCAAGGAGAGGAGAGAGAAUGACGAUGAGAAUAUGGCGGUAACGCUCAGAGGGCUCGAAGGUCACGUAAUGGAGCAGCUUAAAGUUUAUGACGUCAUCUUUCAGUUCAUUCAAAAGUCGCCUAGUGAUAUAGUCUGCAAGGUCACUAUGAUAUGGGAGAAGCGAACCGAUGACUCGCCUGAACCCAUCAACUACAUGAAGUUCGUCAAGAGCCUCGCUGCUGACAUGGAUCACCACGUUAUCAAAUCCUAAGUCCGUUUCAAACCAUCACCACCAGAUCCCCCACCGUUAUAUAUAGCCCUGCCUUUGUGUGUGUGUGUGUGCGCGCGCGCGCCUUCGUAUUAUGUUAUAAUAAAUGGGGCUCUUGUGAGGUUCAUCAAUUUCAAUAUAUUGUUGUUUGUGUAUUUUGAUAUGCUUUGAUGUUGUUAAUUACGUGUGAUAAAUCUCGAGGUUUCAUAUAUUUUCAGUCUAUCAGUUGAAUAUAUGUAUCCUUGUUAAUUAAUGAAUUCAAAAGAGUAAUUCUUACC